UGAGAACAGUUACAAGUCAGUGUUGCUAAGAAACCCCAAAAAUGGUUUAUGAGGGGCUAAACUGCCUCUGAUGUGGCCCCAAUUAUGGGUGUAUAUGGUGAGCAGGGCAGAAAGCUCUCAGCUCUCUGAACUCAGGAGGAAAGGCACAACUCCAAAAGUGCGUUUUAUUGUUCUCUGCUGAUAGUGAAAACCCUGCUGAGAAUUAUAGUGACCCUGAAAGCACAUGCUUUGUUCUUGUUCUGUUCUGAUGUUACCUCUUGUGUUCUUUUGUGAGGUGUAUUUCGGCUCAUCUUUCAUUUGGCUGAAGGGAAGCUGUUCCAAUGGCCUCAGAAAGGCAAAGAGAGGAUACAGAACACCUGUUUGAGCCUCCUGCAGCUCCUUUUCAGAGUGGCAGAACAUUUCAAUGGGGAGCUAUACUUGCUGCAGUGAAAGAUCAGCUCCCAUCUCUGGACUCUGAUGACUCCACACCUGACUGUGACAGUGAUGGGGAGCUUUUCAUCUUCCAGCGGGAACAGCCAAACUUAAUUCCUGACCUGUCAGAAGAGCUGAUGGAGUUUUCCUUGGAUGACUCAAACAUGCAGGGAACAGAAAGCCAUCCAUGGGAGAUCUGUAGUGGAGAUCUAGAAAGCUUUGGGUUUCAGAAAAAAACAGAUGGUGCCCAAGUCAUUGCAAAAGAUGAUGUACAAGUGAUUAAAGAUGAGACUCCCAGUCUUGCCAGCUAUACUGAAGAAAUGCGAAACCAAAAGGCAGCUGUUGGUGAAGAGUCUCUUGCAGAUUCCACAGAUUGCCUUGAAGGGGAAGAACUGGACAGGACACAGGCCAGGGAAAUACAGACCUCUUGGCUUAAUAAAGCAUUGUCUGUGGAGGAUUUGAGCAACUGGAAAGAGAGAAGAAAACUGAUAGAGACAAAAAUACUCUCCAAAAUAAUCCUGGAGCCAUCACAAGGCCACUCGGAGACAGAUUUCAAGCCUUCCUCCCAUAAUGUUAGCAGCAGCCUAUUAAAAACUGAUAAGGAAGAAAACUCCUCAGAUCAUCUUCAAGGAUCAACCCAUCUAUCACUGCGGAGUAUUGAAAAAUGGGAUCUAGACAAGAUUCUUGAGGAGCUGGAGCAGCAGAAAGAUAACACUCAUGCAGAAGUUCCUUUCUCCUCAGCAGAUCAUGGCACCUUCAGGACUAAAUCUGAAAAUCAGCUCAUGGAAAAGCUAAAAGAGCUGUGUGCCAGGCAGUCUAGGACUGUGUCUCCGUAUUGCAGGUGGCCACCAGCCAAGCUCUCCUUUCAAGAACAUCAGGAAAAUAAGUAGGUCCUUUUUCUGUCAUAUACACUGGGUGUUGCCUCUCCACGAAGUUCUUCAAGGAUGGAUAUGGUGAGCUUACAGAGCCUGCCAGACCCUGCAACCGUGUACAUCGACCUGAGAGAUGCUAAACUGCAGAAGUCAGUAACGUUCCCUGAUGAGGAACAAAGCACAAGUGACAGCUCCACUGAAGAAGAAGAGACUGUGACGACUGAGGACCAAGCAGAAAGGAGAAGGAGGAAUUGUUCAGCGAAAAGCCUGCUACUCCAACAACUCCAUAGAGCCCGUAAUGAAGCCUCAGAGCUUUCUCAUGAAACAUCUACCCCAGCUGAAAAACUUGAAGGAAUAAAACAGGAUCCAGAAAGUCUGGAAGAGAUAGGUUCAUCUGAAAUAAAUCAAAGCCCAUAUUCUGAAGUGAGGCAAGAGACAAGUAAGGUGAUUCCCAGGAUGAGAUUGGAACCAGAGAAGACAAAUACCCUGUUGUCGAGCCAUGGGGGUAAUGGAACUGAGAUAGAGAAAGAAACCAAAAUGGAAGCUGAGAAGGUUCAAACUUAAGGAAAUUCUCCAGAGCCUCCUCUAACUACACCAGAAUUGCCAAGGGCAGAAGAAAGUAAAAAAGAGCUAUCCCAAAAGGAAGAACAGAUGAAAGAGAGACGUAGGAGACACAGAUUCCAGGAGCAGCUGGAGAGACUGCAGCCUCAGCAGUCAGUUACUGGAAAGCAGCCCAUGGCAGAGAAUACCCCUGUUUUGUGGUUUGGUGAAGCCUCUUACUUGCCAGCUAUUGACACAUUGCCUAGCCACACUAUGAAAAAUGAGGUGCUGCUUCUGACCUUUUGGCUGUCAAGUUGUGGCCAAGUAGCUACAGAUCAGCACAGGGAGCAGGGGCCUGCUGUGCUGCUGAGAGCAGCCAUCAUCCAGGCUCUUGUGACACGGCUGCUCCCUCUGGUGCCUUCUGUGAAAAUGGAAGAUGGACUCAAGGCUCUGUUUGAGGUGGUAGGGCUGCAGCAGGCCUGGGGAGAGGGUGGGUUGGCCCUACAUACUUGUCUAACAGCAGCAGAUGAGUCUUCAGCCCAGAACAGCACUGAGACCCAGAAGAUAAAAGUGAUGGAGAAGGUGUUUGCAGUACCAAAAGGAUUUUACUGGCAGACAGUUGAAACUGAUGACAAAUACUUCCCUAAUAGCAGCAACAUCAAGGCUUGCAGAGAUACAGACACCAAGGUUGCCAUGGUGCUGCUGUUUGAAAGGCUCUUCCAAAGUCCCCUGGUUACCCAUCGCAUGUUGCAGCUGGUACUCAGUGCAGGUCUGGAUACCUGUGGACUCCACCUGCACUAUCCUCAGCAGGAUGUACUGCUCUCCUGCUCAAGAAAGCUGCCUUCUUGUACUUCAAAGACAAACAAGGUUCCACCAGUGGUGGCAUUGAGUGUGAGAGGGCCUGAAGCAUACAGCACCUUGCAGGCCCCACAGCUGGCCAGCAUGACGGACUGCAGCUCCAUCAGUGCCAUCUACUGCAGAAGCCCAGAGGAUCUUCUCAUCCACCUGCCCCUCCUGGACAGCUACGCACAAAGGGAGCUCUGCCUCUGGUUUGGAGGGAGGUCUGCUGCAUCAGCACUGCAUGCUGGUGUCCUGUGUCCAGAUUCGCAGUGCGACAGAGCAAGGCCAGACAGCCCUUUGUCAACUAGGGCAGAAGCAGAUGAAGAACAGGUUGAUAUCCAGGGCAUGGUGCUGUCUCAACCUCUAGCAAUGCUUGUCUCAAGUACCUAAGGGGAUGUCAUUUUGAUGGUGUCACCUGUGAUAUCUCCUUGUGCAUAUGGUAAUGCGAUUUCAGUCUGUACUCAUCGGGGGUUUGUCCUGCGAGGAGUCAGACAGCUGCAGCUUUCACCUGAGCAAGCUGCUGUGCUGAGCAUGACACAAAGUCAGGUGGCUGUAUUUUGCCCUAGAAAGAUUUCAAGUUCUCCUGACAGUUCUGUAACAGGAGAGUUCUCUGCUGAACCACACAUGCACUGUCUUGUUUUCCUGCUGAGGAAGAAGAAUGCUUGUCAUCACAUUCCUGCACUGGUGAAAGGACUGAUGGAUGAACUGGCAAAGCAAGGCCAUGUGCAGAGCAGCCAGGCUCCCACUGCCCAGCCCAACCCCUCCAUGUGGUUUCAUGUGGCUCCUUACACGGAGACCUUGCUGCAGGCACUGGGUAAUGAGAACUGCGGACUGUUGACAAUACCCCAUUACAUUGCUCUGGAUUUUUUCUGCAAUAGAACCUAUGCUUCUGAUCUUGAAAUGGAGCAAGCUGUCAUGCUGGCAGUGGUUGGAACAGAUGCUAUGAAGAGUGCUGGAGAGCUCCUUCACCAGAUCCUUCUUCCUGGGCAAGGAGAUUCUAAUUUCUCUUCACUUGUAGAAGAACACUGUUUGGGAUUUGAGCUCCUUGGUCUCAAAUGGUUGUCCCAUCUCACUUGGUGUCAGGCCAAAGAAGUAACCCCUUUUGAAGUUGGAGAUACUUCCUGGCAAAGCAGCCUUGACACGCUAGUGUCAAACCCAGUCCUUGUGUGUGCAUUACUGCAGAUCAACGCCUUCAGAGUUCUUGCAGAUGCAUUGGAGAGAUUAACACAAUGGAGAGAGAAGCUGAGCAAAAGUGGCAGUCUUCUACAGGUAGUAAUGGCCCUGACCCCAGAGGUGACAUUCAGGCAAGCCAUCCUCUUCUUCACAGAGGCAAGAGUUUAUGCAGAACACCACCCUGCUAUGAAAUACCUGCCACCACCUGGCAAGAGGGCCAGGGCUGAAGUGGGAGAGAGGCAGAGAUGCCACACAGAAUCUCUGUUCAUCUGCUUGCAAACAGGAGCCCAGAUUCUUUGCACAGUGCUGCUGAUCAAACCCGGUGCCUGGAGCUGCAGUUUUGCAAGGAUCCUCCGAGAACUAGACCUGGAAAAAUUCACUGUGGUUGGCAUGAAACACAUAAACCUGGAACCAGGUGUUGCCUUAGGACUCCUUUCUUCUGAAGUGAAACAGGAUUCUGCUGUUUUAGAAGCUCACUGUUCCUACCUUACUUCAGACACUGCUCCCGUGCUGUGUCUUCAGAGGCCAAAUGCUGUGAAGAAGCUGAUAGAUUUACUGGCAGAGGACCCUAAAGUAGCCCAAGCACUAGAUCCAUCCCUCUGGAGGUCUCAGUAUGACACCAGCACAGGCCAAAAUGGAUUUUAUGGCUCUGAAUCCUAUCAAAUAGCUGUCCGGGAUAUGAAGCUGUUUUUCCCAGAAGGGCUGUGCUACACCGAGUGUCAGACAUUAGAGGAGGAAGAGAUCUAUAACCUGAAACAUGACCCCAUAGUCAGUUUGGAAAUCAAGAAGCAGUGGAAGAUCAUAAAGCAUGGAGCAGGAGGGCAGCUCAGUUCACUGGGCUCUGAGCAACCAUGCAGCCUUGAUCAGCCAUUGCUUGACAACCUCUGCCAAACCACUUGCCUCCUAUUGCCUGGGGUGAGCCUUCGGGGUUCAGAGACCCCACCUUAUGUGGAACUGCUUGAUGAGCUCAUUGGCACAGAUUUCACAGUGACUGGAGUACGUCUCGCUGUUCUGGACAUGCCACAAGCUCACUGCAUCUCCAAGACACUAAGCAAGGCAGGAUGCAGUGCUGCAGCACGGUGUUCUCUUUUAAAGAAUGGUUUGUGUCUGGUGCUGGCAGCACAGAGAGACAAUGCAGUCAUUUUCUUUGACUCCCUGCUGAACAGGGUCAGUUGGCAGAAGCAGUCAGUCCUAGACACUGUGCAACAUCUCUUUUAUCCUCAAAAUGAGAAUCAGGCUGAAGAGCUGCUCUGUUGCCUUUUUGACUCCCUGACAUCCGAGAGCAUCCACCAGAUUGAAUCCCAGGAUUGCUAGCCAGUACGGUCCAAGCUUCCAGGCAUGGGUGGAUGCCGCUGCAGGUAUCUGUGCAGAUGGGCACUCAGGGGACACCCAGCCUCUUAAGAGCACUGAUGUUUGUUUGUCAUUAAAACAUAACGUCUGAAGUAUGGUAUUAGCAUCAGUAAGAUAAAUGAGAGUGGUGGGAGGCAGGAUCAGUGCUCAAGAACAAAUUUUUCUGAACCAUAGCUGUGGUUUCUAGUGGAAUGCGUUCAGAGGCAAUCUGCUUGUAUUUGUGGAGCAGGGGUUGGAGCAUUCCUGUGGCUGAAAAAACUCAGGAAGUAAAACAAAUCCAGGGGCAGGUGCUUGGGACUGCAUCUUCCCCAGUCCUCAGAGGCAUUAUGGAGAGACUCCAUUUUCUGUUGCUGCUGUGGUUCUUUGAACCAAAUACAAAAAUCCAGUAAAAGAAAUGGAAAUAGUCUGAGGGAAGGCUGGGUCCCUGAAGAGCUCAGUACCAUUGAGUAAGAUUAAAAGGUGGACAGCUUAAUGUUCUCUUAUCCUCUGCUUCAGCAGUCCUGUUACAGCUGUCCUUGCCUAGCCCCAGCUCACUGCCCUCCUGUGGGCACACAACCCUGCCUCUUGUUCUUCCUUCCACAGCCCCCAUGGAUCCUUGCACAAUUCAUCCUCUGCCAGGUCCUUUAUGUGAGCUAUCAAGCAAGAAAGCUGACGUUAAUACAAAGGUCCUCAGUCUUCCUGGAACCCACUGGUCCACAGCUCCUUUGGGGAAGAUUCUUCUCAGCCCAGGAGGCCUCAUGUUCCUACCUGCCCUGCUAAGGCAAAAAGUUGGAUGUGCACGUGCCUCUGAUUCCAGACAUCACAGACACAGCAAGGACAGUCCCUGUGGGUUCUCCAGGCACUGUUAAGGCAGAGCAACGUGCAGCUGGCUGGCCAGCCCACCUCUGAGUGCUGCUAGUGGGGUGAACCACUUCUGUGCACAGCCUUUCCCUCUGUAAGAGCCCAGUACGAGUCCUCCUUCUCCGCAGCCACUAGCUCACACAGUCUGUGAGAAUACAACACCUCUGAGAUCUCUGUCCCCUUUUGGACAAGGCUGUAAGUGCUCAGUAAGUACAAAAGCUGUCAGAAGUCUGGCCUUGCAAGCUCUGCUUCCUCAGCCAGUAAUAGUCCUUACACAGUCUCUCUCCUUCUCUAAGCUACCAAAAGUCUUAAGAGCAAAAGAGAAAAAUACAACAGAGCAAAACAGAAACAGCAAAAGAGCUGGGUGAAGAGGAGAUGUGGACAGGGGGCCUGCUGCAUCCUCACACAGUGGUUCAGUGUCAGAGCUUGGAAGUACCUCCAAAACUCUGCUCCCCAGCAUCAUUCUACCUGUACAGGCUGUUUGGGCUUUAUGGUGGGUCUGAAUGUCUCUGAGGAGCAGCUCCAGAAGCAUGUGCCUGUGAGGCAAGCAGGCAGCUGCCCUGCUCCCUUGGGAAGACAGGGCCCUGGGAGUCAGCACGGUGGACAAGCCUGCUCUGCUCCUGCAGCUAAGUAGGCCAUUUCCUGCACUCCAGGCACAUUUCUGUCGUGCUUGUAAGCCAUGUACAGCUUUGAGACAAAUGAGAAUUAAAAGGAUCCACCCCCA